GCCAAGGCCCGACUCGUCCCACGGGGGUGGCGGCGGCGGCGGCAGCAAAUGGCCCAAAGCAUGAGGGGGAAGGAAGCCGUGCCGUGUUAAGUGGGGGAGGCACUGCAGCUGCAGAAGAGCAGAGCGUGGGGCGCAGCGGGCAGCGAAGCAGGACUUGUCCUUCGAGGCCCACUGAACGGAAAAAGAGCGAAGUCCUGCGCAGGUCAACCCACCGCCAUGGGGAACAUUUUUGGCAAUCUGCUGAAGAGCCUGAUCGGCAAGAAGGAGAUGCGCAUUCUUAUGGUGGGCCUGGAUGCUGCUGGGAAGACCACUAUUCUCUACAAGCUCAAACUGGGAGAGAUUGUCACCACCAUCCCAACUAUUGGGUUCAACGUGGAAACGGUUGAGUACAAGAACAUCAGCUUCACUGUGUGGGAUGUGGGUGGCCAGGACAAGAUACGACCCCUGUGGCGGCACUACUUUCAGAACACCCAGGGUCUGAUCUUUGUGGUGGACAGCAACGACCGGGAGCGAGUGAAUGAGGCACGUGAGGAGCUGAUGCGGAUGCUGGCAGAGGACGAGCUGCGAGAUGCCGUUCUCCUUGUCUUUGCUAACAAGCAGGACCUCCCAAAUGCCAUGAAUGCAGCAGAAAUCACAGACAAGCUCGGCCUGCACUCACUGCGCCACCGCAACUGGUACAUCCAGGCCACCUGCGCCACAAGUGGAGACGGCCUCUACGAAGGCUUGGAUUGGCUGGCCAACCAGCUGAAGAACAAGAAAUGAGUGUUGGGGGGGGGGAAUGGUGGGCGAAGCCCCUCCUCUGUUCCAUUUUGGGUUGAUCCCCCCUUCCCCCAGCCCCCCCCCUUCUUUCCCUGUCGGGUUUGCUUUUCCCUUGCCGGCACCGGUUGCUGUGGGGUUGGGACUGGGUGGGUUAGGGUUAACUUUUGGUUUCCUCUCUUUCUCUCUCUCUCUUUCGGGUUCUGGCUCUGCCGGGAUUUUUUUGCACGGUCUCUGUGUGUG